GACAGCCGGAGCUUGGCAUCGCUUCCAUCAGUCAGGCCACAGCGUGGAGACGGUUUGAUUAUUCUGAUUCUGAUAACAAUGCCGAUGUCAAUUGAUGUUAUGCAACGCGAGAGGGACGGUCUUGUUCAUGCUCGUGUUCAGAACCACCGUAGGUGAGCAUGGGAUGGGUUGCACCAUCUCCAAGCCAAGGUUUCUGUGACGCCAGCUUUCAACCUUGGAAGUCUUGAGCCAGGAGAAGUCCAAGCUUCCGGUUUGCUGAAGGAUGGAGAACCAGAUCUUCCCCCGGCUAAAUGAUUAGUUAUAUGCCAACAGCUUUUCCACGCGAUCGCAACGAAGCCGAUGAUUCACGAAAACAAAGGUUCACAGAUGCUGUGGGUGGGCAAAUGUGCCAACGUGCCCCCCCCCCCCCCAAAAAAAAAAAAAAAAAAAAAAAAAAAAAAAAAAAAAAAAAAGAGGAGUUGAUAUCCUCGCUUCCUUUGCCUCGAAACACGCAGUACAACGCAGUCGUACCUCAUGCUAGCAACCAUUGCAUGCACUCGUGGGAUUCUGUCCCAGUGUUCCCAGGAAAUCUGUCUUCAUUUCAUUCUUGGUCUAGUUGGAUUUGGUUCGUCCGGUGCAUUUCCGCCAAGCCGCGAGCCGCACAAGUGGAUUGUUUACCCCUGGUCCGUCUACGCUAUCUGCGGGAACCAGGUUUGUUUGGAAUACAAAUAUCCCACCCCAGGCUAUUAUUGCAACGCUGACGCCAAAGUGGCUGAAGAUGAGUUCUGAUUGUUAUUUACUAAGACCAUUUCUUCCAAGAGAAGGUUUCAACUGGGCUGAUUUCACCAGUACGUAGGAUGCAAAAGUUAUCAGCGCCCAUUUUCGGCCAUAAAAUUUGGCACCGUUGAACAACGGAAUAAUAACCUUGCCCUUGGAGGCCGCGAGCCCCCAGCUCGGAUGCCCAACCAGUCCAAAACAACCGUCCUCCUUAGUUACUCCGUGCCCCUCCGUUUUAUGCAACACACCUUGAGCUAUCGUCUAGAUGACAAGAAACAACGAUGAAUUUCUCGGUUACCAAUGAAUUCUUUUCAGUGUCACAGAUUGCUUUGCUCGACCCGGAGAGGGCUUCACUUCUCUGCGUCGUACACUCGUGAGGUGGGAUAUAUUUAUCCUGAUACUUCCUUCAGCUCCAUCAUCAUCAUCAGUGGUUGGGUAAAGCGGCAAUUAGUGUCGUGGGUGGCCUACUAUUGAUUUGUUCCCGAGCGGACCCCGGUCUCCCCAAAGCGCACGUAGGCGUUCAGCAACGGCGCCAGCACAGCGAGUGAUCACGCUGAUCUUUCAGGGAGAUAGGAGGUGACUUUACGAUUCAAGGGCCCGGCUUUUCCCAUGGUUGAAACCUGCUUCUAGCAACUCUCUAGAACUAACUAAAGGUUGGUUUUCCCUCCCUAUCCAUGGUUGUGUGGGCGCAGCGGUACGCCACUCCGUCUUGCCAGGCAUAUCUUCACAGCACGACUGCGCUGCGCUGCAGAAGAGUCCAACCGAUCAUUCUUCUUUCUUCUGCAUGAAAGCUGGUUUUAUCGAUCUGGUGCGACACAUCUCUGCACGCCGAUGGCCGGAUCUAUAGAAGGUGAGGUAACAUACUUUCAUUUUUCCGUUCGAUUUCGAUGCGCAGGAAGGGCAGAUGGAUCCCUGAUGAAUCCCAGUUGCCAUGCAUGACCAGUUCCAUGUCGAUGAUAGGAUAGAAAGUGCCCGGAGGACGGACAAAAGCACGCGCAAGGAAUCUGAUCGUAAAAAUACCCUUUGGUCUCGCCAAGGUCGUAUGCUUACGAGCUUGGCGGCUUAAGCUAUUUAUCCAUGUCGGGGUAAAUGGAGAUAUGCUAUUGAACACGCCUGGGUGGAGCCAUUAAGAAAUGCCCCCAAGCCAAGUCCAUCGCCGCUUGAGGGAUUCCUGUGAAAUCCCAGGUAGCCGCAGAAAAUAAUAAUUCUUCCCCUCGAUUAUCCAUGCGAUGCUACUUUAUUUAGCUAGUAACUAGAGUUGCCUCAUGGAACAGGCUGGGGGGGUGUACCCUGUUAAUGGCCAACAAUCCCCUGCUGAGUUGCUUCUUGCUCCCGGGGUAUUACUUUAUCCAUCCCCCCCACACUCCCAAUAGUCUUUCCAUCAAUCUCCGCGCGGUCGCGCUGGACCGGAGUUGGUGGACAGAGAGUGCCCAUUAUUGAUCGACGACUUGACCACUCGAUCCCCUGCGCAGGACGGCGCUCCAUAACUCGAGAACGUGAUUUGACUCCUCAUUUUCCCUAAAAUGUGAUCCUUCUUGACCACUCCUCCUUUUCCCUUCCUUUUCCUUUCCUUUUCCUGCUCCCCAUAUCCUUUCUUAUCGACAGGAUGGCGUGCCGUAUUCUUGGGCGUUGCUGUCCUCCUCCCAAUGAACGUCUGACGAAUGUAAGGGGCGCACGGGAACCAAACAAGCAAUCGCGAGUGACGAAGUUACCAGGAGCAUGGCGUGGGCAAGAAGGAUUAUCCUUUGAUAUGAUCGUUGGUGGCUGCACUUGUCCUCCAUGCACCCUUCGGGAUUUCAUGAACUAUUUAAAAUAUGUUGAACGGAACGCGGAGAACUUGCAAUUUUUCCUAUGGUAUCGCGACUAUUCUCGACGCUUUGCCUUGAUUGCCGAUAACCAAAGACAGCUCUCCCCAGAGUGGAUUGGAAAGGAAAAGCGACCGGGAGACGUAUCAGGUCAACCAACCCCAACGGUACCGCUGUCCCCAGCUGUCACUAUUGUCGCUGAAGAGCAGUUCGAAUCUACGCAUCUUCCCACAUAUAUCCAUACCGCACCGUUCAGUACACCCCCACGAAGUCCUGCUCAUCCAGAUGGCGACCGGAGCACCCCAUCAAGAACGGGGAAGGUUGACGGCACCUCAAGUCCGCGCACACAGAAGAGCGAACAGGAGAACUUGCCUGGCCAUGUGGUUGAAAACAUGGAUUCGAUAAACGCAGGGCCGGCUGCCGCCGCAAGAACUGAAGCUUCGUCCGAAACCAAAUGUAACGAUUCCCACGUAGGCACAGGCGAAAGCCAAAGAAAGACAAAGAGAGAACAACCCGAUCAUCCUCAAAAACCAAAUUUAUCACAACCCUAUAGAAAUGAACUCACCAGAAUUUAUGCGACAUAUAUUGCGGAUGGCGCGAGCCGGCAGUUGAACCUGACGUCUCAAGAACGAGAUAAUCUCAACCGUGCCCUGGCCAGCACAACGCAUCCAUCAGCGUUCAAACAAGUGGCAGGGCAAGUAGAAUGGACUCUCCGCCAGCAAUCGCAUCCCAAUUUUAUCCGCUGGACCAUGAAUAAUUGCAACUGCUCUCGGAUUAUCGCGGCUCGCAUAGUUAGUUGCGUGGCAAUGUUUUGUGGUCUGAUAGCUGGCAUCAUUCCAAUAUUGAGUUCCGCCACGCGGGCCUGGAGGAUUAUUUCCGCAUUAAUUCUCUUGCCUGGCCUGGUUAUUUUUCUUACGUCCUGGGACGGUGGAUGCAUCCUCUUCCUCUUCCUUAACCGCCGCCAUCUGCAUCCCUGGGAACUCUUCUCCGACGAAGAUGAGCACGUGCGACAAAAGCUAGGAAUGCAAUCUAAGAUCUUCUCUAGUGUCGGAGAGAGCAACUCCUACGAAGAUGAGCCCUGGAUACCCACUUAUGAGAGACGCAAAUUCCUCCAAAAAGUCUUCGAUCCAGAUACUAGGAUUCAAGACCCUAUCCUCCGCCGCAUACACCUCUUUAUCCUCCUCCGUACUCUCACCGUCGCUGCCAUCGUAACCGCCGCCCUCCUGAUUAUAUUCCUCUCCAUACCCAAGUGCAAUUAUUUCUGAAACAAAUCACUGCUCUCAUAUACUAUCACAUCACAUAUUGGGUUUCAUGGAAAAGGAAGACGCGGCGUUUCUUUUGGGUAAAUGGGAUAAUCCUUGAUUGGGGGGGGGGGACCUUGGGCAAGAUAUCAAUGUUCUAUCAUCACUAUUCUUUUCUUUUGGGCUUUAUAUAACCGGUUGGCCGGAAUUUUCUUCUUUCUUCUUACUUCAAUUAACCACCUUGACGGAACUGGAAAGAAAAGGAGCCGUUUCCUCCUUUUCCGGGAACUUUUUAGACCAUGUCAAUCCUACGAGACCAUGGACCGUGACGACACGGUCUUAACCACGAAAGCAGCAAGAGGCGGCGGAGAGCAAUAUUUGGGGCCCCCCAGUUCUCGCCGGACAUUCCCCGAUAUUCGGUUCCCUGAACGGCGUGGACUCUGAGAUCUCCUCUCAUAUUUUCCUACAUGUUUUAAAUAAUCUUCUUACCUCUCCCUCUUGAGGCACAUUUUCACUUCUAUAUACUUUUGCUAGAUACCCUGAAUUCCCUUUUUUAUCGAACCCUUCGAACUUCGAACGCAAGUUGAUGCUCUGUCUGAGAUAUCACUUAUUUCUUUUGUUUUUGCACAAUCCCUUUUUGCUCACGACAAGUUCUUUUCAUUUCUGUACACUCGUAUUCUUUUUUUCUUUCUUUUUUUCUUUCUUUUUUUCUUUCUUUUUUUCUUUUUCUUUUUUCUUUUUUCUUUUUUCUUUAAUUCUGAAAGCGUAAAUUUAAUUAUGAUUUAUUAAGUUAUGUAGUAAAAAUUAACUACGACAUACAUGCCCGAGGACGCUAGAGGCGCGAGAAACUCAUUGAGCUCAUAUGGCGCUUUACUUUGCCUGCGCUCAAACUAGUUAGCCCCAGCACCCAAGUCACUGCUGCAACAAGUAACUAGAUGCAUGAUGUAACCUCUUUUGCAUCCGAAGUUUCUGGUAUCCAAGCUGCAAAGCUUGUAAGAAAGAUGUGCAUUACCCCUGAGCAGCGACCGAGGCUCAUAAAGCUGCCAGGGAUUGGUCUUACGCGGAGGAAUCAAAGAAAAAUCUGGCUGUUUUUUCAGAACUUAAUUAUGCCAGAUGUUCUCCGCAAUAUAUCA